AACGCGUCACGGUGCAUCUAUAAGGCUUACCCUCCAUCUCAGACGAAGCUCACAAUCUGCGGUAGUUUAGCGGCUAAUUUCUCGUUAAUUUGUGGUGCAUUACUUACCAGUAUCUUUUGGUUCUAUGGCGUGACGGACCUUCGUACAAGGCACAAGGAACUAAUGCCAAGUGUGUUAAUCGAUGGAUGACCCGUGGAGUGUGACCAGUGAGCAGAGCACCGCUCUGGUCAUUUUGGCCUUUCUUCAGUCGGACUGUAGAAACUGCGACUACAGGGAUGAGCUCGUCUCUCUGGGUAAGGAUUUCAAUUACACCCGGGACAUCAACUGCAAUGGCCACUUCAUGGACGACGGUGAUCUAGAGACGGAUGGUCACUUGCCCAGCUCAGUCUUUCAGAACGACAUCCUGCCUGUAGUGGAGCUGCAACGGCCAAGAAACCAUGAAGCUGCAGAAAGCCUUCAUCAGGUUGCUGAAGAACUGAGAGAAAUUGCAGCCCAGAUUGAACACAACAUUGUGGCUCAGGCUACAAGGAACCUGAGAGAUAAUAUAUCAACCUCCCCUACUGACUGGAAAAAUCACCUCGAGGUGGAGGUGAAGCAGUUGAUGAGGCAGGGCGUGGGACUGGAGCAUCUACCACAAGAGAGAGUGUUAAUAGCUCUCACUCUCACCCUGGUGAGGGGAGUGUGUGAGCAGGUCCCAGUGUUGUUGAGAAACCUCUUCAAUGCUGCACGGCAGUACAUCAACCCUAUAAUUGCCAGGUGACCUUUGGGCUGCAGGAUGAAAGGGGAAAAUAAAACUGUAUCUUUUCUUUUUGUACUUGAAAUUUAUUUUUUGCAUUCCAUUAUUUUGAUGUAUUUCCCCAAUACCACUUAAAUAAAUAUACAGUAUUACUCCUGG